AUGGAUGAAGCACGCAUGCACGACAACACUGCCGUUGGACGAUCACAGCCACCCCAAAACUAUGAGCAAUACGGUGCAGCGGACAUGAAAAAAUACUACCCGGCCGCCGGGUUACCGAUGACCAACGCACCACAACAUCCGGAAAGCUCUUCGCUGCAGCUACACUUUGCCUCGCUGGCCGGCUUAGAUCUGGGCAAAAGGUUAGGCCAAACGGGAGAACGGAUUGAGAUGUAUUUCAAAAAUCCUUACAAUACCGAAAGCGAUGAGGACGACUCUUCGGCAGCGGGAAGCAACGGCGGCACACAUUUGCAGACCACCAGCACUGCCGCCACUGCGAACGCUACGAAAACGAAAAAUGCUCGCAAACGGAACAGUUCCGGCAAGCGUAAGCAAAAAUCGCCGAAGGUGGAAUCGGCUGAGGAGAUUGCGCUGCGCAAGUUUCCCUGCCCGGAGUGUCCACUGUCGUUUAAGACAGGCUACCAUCUGAAGCGGCACCAUGCUACGAUACAUCAGGAUCAACGGUUUCCUUGCACGGUGUGCCAGACGUCGUACGGGCGACGAGAGAAGCUACGGGCACAUCUGGAACUGGUACACAAGAUCCAAAGUUACUUUGUAUGCGAAAUCUGUCUCGUAUCGUACGAAAGUGACGAUCUGCUGCAGCGGCACGUUUAUCGCCACGAGCACCCGAAACCACUCGAGUGUGGCACCUGUCUCACGCCGAAUGCGCGCACAUCGGACGGCAAUUAUGGUGGAAAUCAUAUCUGCAUCACGUACCAGAACAGUUAUGAAUGCUGUGGGAAAGAUUUCGGGUAUCAUUACUACUACAACCGACACAUGCUAACGGUUCAUAAUAUCAAAACGAAUGCACGGGUUAAAUUGCCCAAGGGUACGCUACUGAGCCAGUUUCGUGCAAUGCGUUCCUCAAGAGGAUCGUGAAAAAGG